AUGGAAGGGGAACAUGUUCGGCCCUUGGAGGUUGCUUUAUCCAUCAAGGCAAGACCUUGGUUGGGGUUGAUGACCCUGUGUGCGAUCAAUAGAAAACGACGCAAAAACCACAAGACAAGGAUUCCGGCCCGGGACGCGCCCAAAGAAGAUGUCAGGGCCACGGUCCUGAAAAUAAAAAACCCCCCGAGACUGAGGAAAUGGCGCAAGAACAAGACAUCAUACGCAGCAUCAGAAUUUGGCUAG